AAAAUGAUGAAGAAAGAAGCUCUUCUCCUCAUCCCCAACGUCCUGAAGGUUUUCUUAGAAAAUGGACAGAUCAAGUCGUUCACAUUUGAUGGCCGGACCACUGUUAAGGAUGUGAUGGUGACAUUACAGGACCGGCUUUCCCUGAGGUACAUUGAGCACUUUGCUCUUGUCCUUGAGUACGCUGGACCAGAACAGAACCACAAGUUCCUGCUUCUCCAGGACAAGCAGCCCCUGGCUUAUGUAGUGCAGCGGACACACUAUCAAGGAAUGAAAUGCCUCUUCCGGAUAAGCUUCUUUCCCAAAGACCCCGUGGAGCUGCUACGUCGGGAUCCUGCUGCUUUCGAGUACCUGUACAUCCAGAGUCGGAACGAUGUCAUCCGAGAACGCUUUGGAAUGGACCCCAAGCCGGAGAUGCUUUUGGGCCUCGCUGCCCUCCACAUCUAUAUCACGGUCUCAGCCACUCGACCUAGUCAGAAGAUCUCGCUCAAGAAUGUGGAGAAGGAGUGGGGCCUGGAACCCUUUCUGCCCCCCUCCCUCCUACAGGGCAUCAAAGAGAAGAACCUCCGGAAAUCUCUCUCUCAGCAGCUGAAGGCCCACCAAACACAUCCUUCCAGCGGCACCAAGGGCUCUGCAAUUCAGGCCAAACUCCAGUAUCUUCGAAUUCUGAAUGAACUUCCGACGUUCACGGGCGUUUUGUUCAACACUGUGGGCCUGGAUGAGAAGCAGUCGGCCACCACCCUCCUGGUGGGACCCCGUCACGGCAUCAGCCAUGUUAUUGACCUCAAAACCAACCUCACCACUGUGCUGUCCGAGUUCAGCAAGAUCAGCAAGAUCCAGCUGUUCCGGGAGAACCAGGGCGUGGCCCGGGUGGAGACCAGCAUCAUGGAUGCCAAGCCUCUGGUGCUGUUGAUGGAGUGGCCUGAAGCCACCAACUUUGCCUGCCUGAUUUCGGGGUACUGCCGCCUCCUGCUGGAUUCCAGGAAGAUGGUGUUCUCCAGGCCCACCAGCCAGCCUCUUCCACCUCCAAUGAUCAAGGCAGAUUACAUGCACAGCGCCCACCGCCCUGUCACUGGGGGCCACCUGGGGAAAAAGGAGAGUAGUUAUGUGGGCAGCGUGGGCACCAGCCCCAGGAAGUCGAGCCGCUGCACACCCCCACCUGCCGACUCUGAGCUUGUCAGCUUUUGCUACCUCCACAUGCGGGAACAAAGGAAGGAGCCAGAAAGCCGGACUGAUGUCAACGAGAACUUAAUCUUCUUUGAGGAGACCAGGCCCCGGACCAAGUCGGAUCCCACGUCCAAAAGCUCUGGCCAGGGUUACGAUGUGAUCCCCGACGACUUUGAUGCAGCUAGCCUAGACCACGAGCCUUGUGCCAGCAGGGCCCGGUCCUACACUUUGGACAAUUCCCUUGGGGCCGAAGCCCUGAAUUUCUACUGUGACUCUUGCAAAGCCAAACUCCAGGAGCAGCUGGGCCCUCGCAAAGGCGGGAGGCCCGGCUCCUCUCGUGACAACAUGGUAGACCUGAUGUCCCUCCCACCCCCUGGGAGUGAGGAAGAGGAAGAAGAGGAAGAUGAGAGCACUUCGCUGCUGCCUGCCAUUGCUGCGCCACCUCCUGGUUUCCGAGACAACAGCUCUGAUGAGGACGACCCCAAGCGCCGGGCCGUCCAGAGCCAGGAACAAGGACGCCACCUACGUGGGCUCCUGUAUGAUGAGAUUCCAGUGACACUGAUUGACAGCGUGCAGACCCGGACAGUCCGAGAUCAUGCCCAGGAGCUAGAUGAUGCCCUGGUGUCCACUCUGCAGGCUCUGGAAGCCCUGGCAGCCUCAGAGGAUGGACCACACCCCCCACCCCCACAGACUGCAGGUCUGAUUGUGCUGGCCACAAUCACCCCCGAAUCGUCUCUGGACUCGGGCCAUGAGACCAACUCUUCAGAGCUCACAGACAUGUCAGAGAUGAUGUCAGCCAUGAAGCAGCACCAGAAUACCACCUACUUCCUGGCCCAGCACCUCAACAAGGACAGUCUCCUGGCCCGCAAGGACCUGCCCUUCCGGAUCCAGAGCUGCGCAGCCCAGGCUGUUCUCACGGCCCCUUACUCUCUCGGGCGCCCGGAUCCCAACCCGUCCCUCCAGCCAGCUGUCACAGGCCAGAGUCCUGGCCCCCCUGGCGCUCGGAGGAAGCUGCCCCCGUCGGAGGUCCAGCCCCAGCGCGAGCGAACCUACGCCCUGGCCGUGCACCCCGCGCUGUCCCCGCAGCUGAGCGAGCAGAAGAAUCUGAGCCUGCUGUCCCCAGUUCCUGAGGACAAAGGCCCUGGUCACACUAGGGCAGGCCUAGAGAUGUCACUGAGGGCCGCCACACCGUCCCUCAGUGAAGAGCAGGUCUCUGAGCUAAGGGAGAGCCUGCCCAAGGAGGUCAGGUUGAGCCCCAAGCUUAUCCUGGACCCCAAGGGCAGCGUGACCCCAGCCAUCAUCUCGGCCGCCCUACAGCAAGUGGUUCACACUAAGGGUCUACCCGCCCCUGGCAGGGCCUUGGGGAAUGCCCCGAGCGGUGCGGAGAGAAGGUUGGAGGCCAGCAUGGGGAGGCCAGAAGUGAGCAUGAUGAGCGGCAGUGCCAAUAAGAAUCUGAAGUUCAAAAUGAGCCCCGGUGCCCCGGACACCUCCCGGAAUUCCCAGCAGCAGCUGAGCCCGGAGGUCUCUUCCGGCUCCAGAGCACCCACAGGCAGCCGAGCUGAUGGCCUGCACCUCGCCCCGCAAGAGGACAGGCUGCCUGUUCAAAGCUUCCCUCCCAAAAGCUAUCUGUCUCGAGCGAGUCGAGAGUCGGUGGGCAAGCAAGGUACCGGGGAGGCAGCAGGCAAGGGCGGGCCCGAGGGCACUAAGCCGUCCUUGUACAAGCAGGGCACCGUGUCCGGCCAGGGGGAGAAGGGGCCGCUGGAGAGCACCCUCCAGAGCAGCAAGCUUGAGGAGACCAGCCUGGUCCCCCGAGCCGGCUACCCCAUGGUUCUGCAGAGCCCCAGCUGCCAGGCGCGAGGCCACAGCCCCAGCAGCCAUUCUCGAGGCCAGAGCCCCAGCUGCCAGGCGCGAGGCCACAGCCCACUGAGGCUUCAGGCCACCAGCCGGCAGGUGAGCACCAUGCCCUCCAGGAAGAUCGAAACAAUCCUGGACGGAGCCCACUCGGCCUCCGAAGGCCCCACCAAGCCCAAAUCAUCCCGGGGUCCUUUCCGGCUCCGCAACUUAUUCUCUGCCACCUUCCCGACCCGCCAGAAGAAGGAGACUGAUGAGCGCCAGGCCCAGCUGCAGAAGGUGAAGCAGUACGAGCUGGAGUUCCUCGAGGAACUUCUCAAGCCACCAAGCCAGGGGGAGCUGCCGGGCGCCGAGUACCUGCAACCCCCGGCGCCAGGCCGCUGCAGCUGCCAGCUCCGCAGCAGCCCCGUGCAGCAAGGGCCUGGCAUGUCCCGUGAGCAGAGGCGCAGCUGCGACUGCAAGCGCAUGUGCCGGGGGGGCCGGCCUCAGGCCCCCCAGACGCCGGUGCCCGGUCUCCGAGGGAGGGAGAGGGACAGGGUCCCCCCUACCCAGAGGCAGCCAGAGGCCGGCCCAGGCUUGAGCCUCGGCAGCCCCACCGGUGUCCGGCGCAUCCGCUCCACCAGCCUGGAAUCCCGAGAGUGCCGAUCAGACCCUGAGAGCGGCGUCUCGUGCCUGACCACGUGUGCCUCGGGGGGCGAAUGUCUGGGAGCUCCCAACUACAGGAAGCUGAUGCGGCGCUACAGCAUCAGUGAGCUGGACCAGGGCGACAGGGCCUCGCUGACCUCGGACGUCUAUCCGCACCCACCCCUGGGCAUGCUGCCCAGGGAGGCCAAGGAGGUAGAGGCAGGCCUCCCCCUGGGCGUGGGUCCCAAAAGCAAGUCGCUCGAGUCACCCACCCUGGGAGACCCCUCCUACGUCCACGUCGCCCCUGAGACCAAAGGCCCCAGACAGAUGGCCGUGUUCUCACUGCCAGAAGAGGUGUACCGGAAGCCCGCCGAGCUGGACGAGGACAGUGAGAGUGGCAAGUGCUGCUCCAUCCGCUACUGCUUCUACUACCGCAAGUGCGACAUGGCAGACGACGCCAGCGACGGCAAGGAUGAGCUCUCCUACUCCAUCCCCAUGAAGAUCCUGCCCGGCAUGAAGCUGGACGAGCAGGUGGUGCCCGUGGUGAGCAGGACCCUGCAGGUGCUGGAUGCCGCCACCUGCAGCAGCAGCAGCCCCGAGGCCUCCCGCACCCAGGAGAUCGACCUGCGGGUGUCCACCUUUGAGGGGAGCCUGGCCAAGAUCAACGCCCUGCGGGCCCAUGCCUACGGCCUGCCUGAUGGCUUCCUGGCCGCCCGGCUGGACACCAACGAGCUGCUGACGGUCCUGCGGCAGUGCGUGGCCAGCCCGGAGGCCCGGGCCCCGAAGCCCUACGUCUCCCAGAUCUCCGAGUACAAGCUCGAGCUGGCUCUCAAGUUCAAGGAGCUCCGGGCCUCCUGUCGCCGCGUGGCCAAUGUGGACAAGAGCCCCACUCACAUGCUGGCGGCCAUCACGGGCAGCUUCCAGGUGCUGAGCAGCCUCAUUGAGACCUUCGUGCGGCUGGUGUUCAUCGUGCGCUCCGAGGCCCAGCGCCAGGAGCUGCUGGCCAAGGUGGAAGAGGUGGUCAGGAACUACACCUUCCUGCUGCGUGCAGCCGAGGAGUCCACCGCCCGGAACCUUAACCAGCAGCAGCAGCAGCAGCAGCAACCGCAGCCGCAACCGCAACCGCAGGCAGCAGCAGCUGUAGGGGCGGCCGCGGGGCACCCGCCAGGCUCCCCAACUUCGGCGACUGUUAUGAGCACAUUCACCCGCUCCUUAAAAACCCUCAUGAAGUAGGGCAUCUGCCCAGACCGGCCCCUUCCCCCCCUCUCCCCCCCACCACGGCCCCAGGUUUGAGCUUUGUGGUCUGUGCAUCUUGUGGUGAGUGUCUGUGUCUGCUGGGCCAGUCGGGGUCCUAGGAGCCUUCCGUCUCCAGGGAGUGCCAGCUCCCUGGACUGAGGCUGUCCCUGAGGGCGCCAGGCAGCUGCCAUCCUGGGUAUCCGCGCCCCUUCCCUAGCCUCUGGGCGUCAC